CGUACUCAUGUGACAUGGAGUCACGUGGUGGUAGAAAAUGGCAGAACAGUUGUCAAAAACUUAAAUCCUUAAUUCGAAGGCUUUCGUGUCUGUUUUCUGUUUAACAGUGAAUUGUGUUUUAAUGUGUAGUUGUUGUUGUUGUGAUGGACGUUCAGGUGUUUGUGAUGUUCAGCGCUGCGGUUCUGAUCCGGUUAGCGUUGUUGUGUUUCAGUGUUUAUCAGGACCAGAAUCUGCAGGUGAAAUACACGGAUGUGGAUUAUCACGUGUUCACUGACGCCUCGAGAUUUAUCACACAGGGUGAGAGUCCAUAUCGCAGGUCCACGUUCCGCUACACACCCCUGCUGGCCCUCAUCCUGACCCCCAACAUCCUUGUGACCUCUCACUUCGGGAAGCUUCUUUUUGUGGCCUGUGAUCUUCUCUCUGGACUUCUCAUUUUCCGGCUGUCGGCUCUUCGGGGUGUUUCCCGAUGCUCGGCGGUUGUUUACUGUGCCCUGUGGCUCUUCAACCCGCUGCCGAUCGGUGUGUCCACGCGUGGAAACGCUGAGUCUCUACUGGCGGUUCUGGUUCUGUCUACGCUCUUGUGUCUGGAGUGUAAGAGACUGAAGUCCGCCGCUCUUCUGUUCGGUUUAUCCGUCCACAUGAAGAUCUACCCCAUCACUUACGCGCUGCCCAUCGCCCUGUCUCUGUCCAAACUCCCAGUGUCCCGGGAUAAAGGAGGAUUCCUUCAGAACUCUCUCAGGCUUUGUUUAAACAGGGAUUUGCAUCUGUUUGCUGCUGUUUCGGGAUGUUUGUUCUUCGCUUUGAAUGUCAUUUUCUACAACAUUUAUGGAUGGGAUUUCGUGCACGAGUCGUACCUGUACCACGUCACCCGUAGAGACACGCGUCACAACUUCUCUCCGUAUUUCUACAUGCUGUAUGUGACGUCAGAGCGCAGCUGGAGCGGCUGUCUCGCGCUUCUCUGCUUCGUUCCUCAGCUGCUUCUCCUGCUCGUGUCCUCGCUGAUGUUUUACUCGGAUCUUCCCUUCUGCUGUUUCAUUCACACCGCAGUCUUCGUCAGCUUUAACAAAGUGUGCACAUCACAGUAUUUUCUGUGGUAUCUGUGUUUGCUGCCGCUGGUUUUGCCUCGUUUGACCUUGAGCGUGAGACGAGGCUUCGCGCUGAUUCUUUUGUGGUUUGUGGGGCAGGCUGUGUGGUUGGCUCCAGCGUAUUAUCUGGAGUUUGAGGCCUGGAAUAGUUUCGCUCUUCUCUGGAUUGCUGGUCUGAUGUUUCUCCUGAUCAACUCUCUCAUACUGGCUGAAAUAAUCUCCCAUUACAGACCUGUAGAAGCGGGCCAAAAGAAAACCCACUGACAGAUUCAGAAAACAAUCUGGACUAUUAAAAACGAUCGUGUGCGUGAGAAAUAUGGCUGUAAAUAAUGUCAAAUAAAUACACAUGAGGACAUGUGGGGAUGUAAAUAAGUUUUUCUACAUUUUUUGUAAGGCAUUUUCUGUGUUUAUCUCAUAAUAACUUUAAGGAUGCAUUUGAGAUGAGCAGAUCAUCAGACGACCAGCAGAUGUCACCAACAGUUACGUGAUCUGAACUGAGGUCACAUGAGGACAGUCGAUCUGUCUACUAACUCAUGCGAAUUCACUGGAGAUUAUCAACAUUUUCUUUUUUUACUGCAAUCAUUUAACUUUCUUAAAGACUUGAGGCUUUUGUGACAAGUUUGUGUUCAGACAGAAAUGUGCUUCAAAUAAAAUGAUUGAUAAACAUUCA